AUGUUGAAGUUUUCUGUGAUCCUACUCUUCAUUGUCUUAGCAGUGUCUGCCAAAAAAAGCCCGCGAUGUCUAAAAGGGGCUACUCAUAAGCCCAGAGCUACCCCAGAGCCUGACAUGCAGGAAUGCACCAUAUAUGGCAAAUCCUCUUGUUGCCAUGCAAACUUUACAGAGGAAUUGGCUCAAUCACCGGUAAUUAAAGUACAUAACACCUACUGGAACAGAUGUGGAAAUCUCAGCAAAUCCUGCGAGAGUUAUAUGAAGAAGAUGGAGUGCUUCUACAGGUGUUCACCACUUGCUGCUCACUGGGCACACCGCAAUUACUCAGCUGCUAUUGAAUCCGUUCCCAUCUGCCAACAGUUCUGUGAUGGCUGGUAUGAAGCUUGUAAAAAUGAUUUAACUUGUGUCAGCAACUGGCUGACAGACUGGGAAACUGAUGAAAAAGGAGAAAAUAAUUGUAAGAAUGAGUGCAUCCCCUACAGCCAGAUGUAUUCCAAUGGGACUGACAUGUGUGAGAGCAUGUGGGGGAAUUCACUGAAGGUAAGCGAGUCCUCUUGCCGCUGCUUGAACCUGAAUGAAAACGAUGCCAGCUUCUUCAAGUACAUGCUACGUACUACGUCCAGUAGUAUUAGCAGCAGUGACAGCAGUAGCGAUGAGUGGGCCUGUCGCAGAAAGAUGAUCGAACUGGAGCAGCUGAAGGAGGCAGAAGAAGGCCUAGAGAAAGAGUGA